AUGUCUCAGAUGCGCGUUCUAUUCGUUUUUACGUCCGCAGACAAGCUGCUCGACGGUCGUCCCACCGGAUGGUACCUGCCCGAAGCCGCUCAUCCAUUCUAUGUCCUUCGUGAUCAUGUCACCAUCGACUUUGCUUCCCCAGCGGGUGCCAACCCACCGCUGGACAUGGAAAGCGUAGAACAAUUCAAAGAGGACGAGGAUAGUACCAAGUUUUUGAAUGACACCGAAGUCAAGUCAAAGAUGGACACUGCAAAGUCCCUCAACCAAGUCUCUGCCGCUGAUUACGACGCUAUCUUCUACGUCGGAGGACACGGGCCCAUGCUUGACCUGGCCACUGACCCACUCAACAUCAAACUGAUCAACGAGUUUUGGCGCAGUGGCAAAGUUGUCGCAGCCGUUUGCCACGGACCAGGGCAAGACAGGGCUCUUGUUGGAGCAUCAGACGAGCAAGGUCACCCCAUCUUCAAAGGCCGCAAAGCGACUGGCUUUAGCAACGCAGAAGAAGAGCAAGCAGGCAAGACGGCUCCUAAAUCCAUUCCAUUCAUGCUCGAAGAUCGGAUUGUCGAACUCGGAGGCAACUAUCAAAAGGCGAGCCAAGCGUGGGGAGCUUGUGUCCAGCAGGACGGAAAGCUAAUCACGGGUCAAAAUCCCGCCUCUGCAAAAGGCGUUGGCGAGGCGAUUCUCAAGGCAUUGUCGUAA